AUGUCAACUGCUUUAUACAUCACCCUGGCAUAUCCCUCUGCCCGGUUUUUGCAAUGCUACGCGUCAAACACUAUCACUUCACCCGGUGAUCCUAAUCUUGACAAAGUCUGUUACCCCGGGUUGACAGGCUACCUCUACCGCUACUACUCUGUCCCUGACUGCCGGAUAGACUACCCAGGCUAUGGCGCAACCAACCGAUUCGGGCAUCCGAGGUGUCCAAACUGGGAAGCUGUCACCAUUCUUUCACCUUCUGAUCUUGUCGAUUCUGGACGCUUAUCUCGGCCCACCCCGAAGGCUGUUUCAGACUACUAUCAGAACGCCCAGAACCGCCUUUUCGGCCAGUUUGGUCCGUCGGGCCCCUCUUGUUUAAGGUUUCUCUUGGCACAUGCCCAGGAAUCUGUCUACAAGAACGUGGCUAAGCAGGGUUGCACUGCAGUUUACGGUCUACAAGCGAGACCCAUAGGAGAGGAAACAGGGUAA